UUCACCAUCGUAAAUCUAGUUCAAUCAAUAUUCUCGAGAAGGCAGAGAAAACAAACGAAAAUAAUUCAGAAAUUGUGGAUCAGGAUCGUGUAUGUAUGAUUGAUCAUUGAAUGUAUGCACUCUUGAACUGAGUGUUAAAUGUUCUAGGUCUGUUUUGUUAAUCUAGAUGCCCAGAAUGGGUGGUAAAUCGUCAUCGCUUAUGCAGAAGGUCGUGUCACCAGUGUCGCACUACAUGGGCUACGGGGACUCGACGGGGGACGAAGACAGCCAGAGUGGUUCACGGGGAAGAGAGCACGGCGAAGGUUUCGGGAUGCCCGUGAGAUUGGCGAACCCGUUUGUUCUAACGCGAUCAAGCUCCAUGUACUUUGAUGAAGAUGGACAAGUUGCACAUGAAUUUUAUGUGGAAACUCCAACAAGAAGUAAAUCAAAGAAAGGCAGAAGGAGAAUGGGAAUGAGAAGGAUUUAUCAUAAUAUAUUCCCACAGGGGGAAGUACCAGUAGACCCACCUAGGUUACGAGGAGAGAUUCCUGCAGUAAUGAUGGAACUAUGACCAAAAUACUAUCUAUUACAUUAGAUUAUAUCAAAGAAUAUAGAUGUGAACCAUGCUGCUCUGUGUGACUGAAUAACUUUGCUCACUGGUCAUGCAAAAGGCAUGUUGGAGAAUCACUGGCAGUGCCUGUAAGUACAGAGUGUGGUAAACCUGAAGAAAUGUUCUGCACGGUGUCUGCAGCGCCAAACUUGGACUGAAGCAUGAAUGUUUGGGACGCUACUGCUGGUUUCAGUGAGCGGAUACUGUGAAAACGAACGAGACUUCAUGUACUCAUACUCAUUUAUUUCUACAACCAGCACACAUGCCAGUGAGUUAUGUCCUGUCUAGUGUACCCUGCGCUUUGUUACACAAGGCUGAUAGUCAUUGGCAUCCAAUGUAUGAUUUAUUGUUUGUGUACAGCUAAUGAAGUGAUGAAACUUGAUGAUCUAUGAGUUCUAUGUCAUUUACCACUUUAACAUCUAGUAUUACCAAUUAUUCCAAUUGAAAUACUUAAAAUCAAAUCUGAUUUCACAUGUUCAAAUCAUGUUUAAAUAAAGUAGACUCUGUGGAAGUCAACCUUCCAUAUUCAGUCGCAGUUGCAGACCAGAAUAUGCAAAACGUGUUAUUUUUCUCUUCUAAGUCUAAUUUUCCUUUAGUCGAACAGGUUUCUAUUUUACUUCAGCAGAUACAUGUUUAUUAUAUAUUUUACUUUUCUAGUAAGCUGACGUGUAAGCAAAAUCGUUAUUAUUAUUAUCAAUGUGCCAUAUUGCACUGUUUUGCACAAUAUCUGUCACACACAUGUAUAUUCAUAGAUCAAUCAUGUGUACACAGUGAGGAGAAAAUGAUAUACAUUGAAACAUACAUGUGUACCUUCCCAUGUUAAUGUGGUCAUUAUUUAUAUAUGAGUUUAGUACUGCUACCUCUACUACUACUUGUUGGCCUAAUGUGAUUAUUUUAUUAUAAUUUCAGUCAUAUACACAUAGUAUUCAUUUUGUCUUUCUCAGACUUUUCAUUAAUCAUGUUUGAAAUGUCAUCAAUCAAU